AUGGGAAAUGAUGGCGGCAGCAUCCCUCAUAGAGAGGACAUGAUCAGAGAGAAGCCCAAGGAGGUCAAGACUGAUCAAGCUCUUUAUGCGUAUAAUAAGGCACAUAUGUGCACUCUUUCAAUACAGAAGUUACAAAAACCUAUUGUUUCGGAUAGAGCUGGUAAUUUGUUCAACAAAGAAGCUAUACUAGAAGCCCUAGUUAAUAAAAAUGUCCCCAGAGCUUACUGCUACAUCAGGAAGAUGAAGGAUGUCAAGACCCUUAAUGUUCAGAUGAGAGACCCCAAGAACGACCGUGUCGAACCAGAAGGUGAAGGAGCAAACUUAAUGGUCUGCCCUAUCUCUGGAACAGAAUUUGAUGGCUACAAGAAGUUCAUCCUACUCUGGCCAUGUGGCUGCUACUUAUCCAACAAGGUCUUUGAGAACAUGAAUGUUGGAAAUAAGUGCCCUAACUGUGAUAAGAAGUUUAAAGAGAAGGAUAAAAUUCAGCUCUCUCCUGGUCCUAAAGUCAGUGAAGAAGCCAGAAAGAAGCUAGUUGAAAAAUAUGUUCAAAAGAAAAGAGAAAGGAAGGAAAUCAGCAAAGAGCAAGAAGAUACGCCUGCUGGAAAUAUCCUUGGAUUAGACAAGGACAAAUCUUCCACUAAGGAGGAGAAGAAAUCGAAUAAACUUCAAAAGACUGAAGAUGCCGAAGAAUUCUUACUAAAAGAAUCUGAAGAAGCUUGGAAAAGAAAGAAAAAGCUUAAUGAAAGCAAACUUGUUGACAAGAAAAAGCUCUCUGAAAUUGUGAAUCAGAAAUUUGACAAAGACUCUACCUUCAAGUCUCUCUUCAAUGAUGAGCAUAAGGAGGUAAAGGACCAUGAUUAUCUAUGUAGGUCUGGUUAUGGAGUUUAAUUUCCAUAAAGUCUUCAAUCAUAUUUAAU